GCCUCUGCUUGGACCUCUCGACGGCGCCGGCAGCGGCGGCUGCAGCAACAGGAAGAGGAGUCUCCUGAGAGCACAUGGAGAGUGCCCGGUGCGCCUCUGCCUGAGGCCGAGGUCCAGAGCGCCGCAGCCAGGGGGUUUCUCCUUUUCUGGACACGAUGGAGCCCCCCUCGGGUGAGGGCAGAGACCCCUCAGAGAGCGCUCGCCUGGUGUGCAGCCGCAGUAGCAGCAGCUCCAGCAGCGUCCGCCUCAAGAGUCUGUUUGCAGGCACCCAGGAUGCCUUCCCCAGCCUUCCCCUGGAGAACGGGCAUGCAGAGGUGCCCGCGGGCCUCGAGAUGGAGCUCCGCCUGGCCCCCCACUGCCACCAGGGGCCCUGCCCCCCCAGCCAGAGCCAGCUGAAGCUCCAGGCUCAGCGGAAGCUCAGCAUCGCCUGCGGGGUCUGCUUCCUCUUCAUGAUCGGAGAGGUCAUAGGUGGGUACUUGGCUCACAGCCUGGCCAUCAUGACAGACGCAGCCCACCUGCUGACAGACAUGGGCAGCAUGGGCGUCAGCCUCUUCUCCCUCUGGGUCUCCACACGCCCGGCCACCAAGAUCAUGAGCUUCGGCUGGCACCGCUCAGAGACGCUGGGCGCCUUGGCCUCGGUCCUCUCCAUCUGGAUCGUCACAGGAGUGCUGGUCUACCUGGCCUUGGCCCGCAUCAUCAGCAACGACUACGAGAUCGAAGCCUCUGCCAUGCUGGGCACCUCGGCCUGCGCUGUGGGCGUGAACAUCAUCAUGGCCUACCUUCUGCACCAGUCGGGCUCCCCCCACAGCCACGGGGUGAGCACGGGGGGCUACGAGCGGAUUGGGGAGAGCCCCUGCGGUGCGCCUGCGGUGCCCACCCACAGCAACACCAGCGUCCGAGCCGCCUUUGUGCACGUGGUGGGGGACCUGCUCCAGAGCAUCGGGGUCUUCGUGGCUGCAACCGUCAUCUACUUCAAGCCCCAGUAUAAGAUUGCAGACCCCAUCAGCACUUUCCUCUUCUCGGUCUUUGUGGUGGGCUCCACUGUGACCAUCCUCCGUGACGUCUUCCGGGUGCUCAUGGAAGGUUCUCCGCGGGGCGUGGAGUUCAAAGCCGUGAAAGAAGUGCUGCUGUCCGUCCAAGGCGUGAAGGGGGCUCACAACCUCCACCUCUGGGCCUUGACCCUCAGCCAUCACGUGGUGGCUGUGCACCUGGCAAUUGACUCUGGUGCCGACAUGGAGGCGGUGCUGCAAGAGGCCACAGCUGUCCUGCAGAGCAAGUUUGGCUUCGUCUCCUGCACCAUCCAGGUGGAACGCUACCUGGACGACAUGGCCAGCUGCCGCCAGUGCCAGGACCCACAGGACUGAGCCCAGCGCUGCCCCCUUGGUGCCCUCCAACUGCCAACCUCAGCCGGGAGGCGCUGGGAAUCCCGGGGUCAGCAGGGGUGUGUGUGUCUCCUCUGCCCACCUCCAGCCAGAAAGGAGAGGAGGCUGAGCCCCUGCUGCCCGUGCAUCUUGUUCUUCUUCGUGUCACAUUCCAGGCAGGCACGUGGGGCCCCUCUGCUCCUGCCCACCCCAUUGCCUGCCUCAGUGUCUUUGGUGUGCAAAUGCAACCCAGCCCUCCAGGCGAGGCCUGCCAUUCGUCGGUGUUUGCACGAGUGUGUCCCCUUUCCAGCAAGCUCCCUGCCGUGGAGUCGAGUCUGCAAGGCAUCCUAUGAGUUUAAACAGCUGUACAGAAUUGGGAGGGUUCCCCCCCUCCAGGGUCAUCCAGUCCAACCCCUGCAAGGCAGGAAUCCUAACUGAAGCAGCCAUG